UCAGCCAGUGCUGGAGCUGCAGAAACAGAGACCAGCCCUCCACUGGCCUCUGACCUGACCCUCUCCAGUGGCCUUCUCUGUAUUAGCAGCUUCUGCUGCUGCGUCAGAUACUCUCAGCUGCAACUCCCUGCAAGGUGGGGCACCCAUCUCAGGCAGAAGGCUUUGGUGCACCCCACUGAUCAGAUUCCCCAGGACUGUCGCUGCCAGUGGCCUCAGGAUGAAAGGGGAGACCCCUGUGAACAGCACUAUGAGUAUUGGGCAAGCCCGCAAGAUGGUGGAACAGCUUAAGAUUGAAGCCAGCUUGUGCCGGAUAAAGGUGUCCAAGGCAGCAGCAGACCUGAUGACUUAUUGUGAUGCCCACGCCUGUGAGGAUCCCCUCAUCACCCCUGUGCCCACUUCGGAGAACCCUUUCCGGGAGAAGAAAUUCUUCUGUGCUCUCCUCUGAGCUGCCCUGUUCCUCUUCACAACUCUUCACCUUUCCCUCUCCCGGGCGCCCUUCCUUAUUUAUGUCAGUAACUGUCGUGAGCCCCCGAGGAUCCCUGCAUCCCACCCCUAGCCCUUGCCCAACCCUGUGAGGUUAUCUGAAGCCCAGGCCCUCCCUCACCUGUCUGCUGACUCCAUUUCCUCGCCCACUGUGGCGGACCCAAAGCACCCUGUGACUCAGGGCACCCGUAGCUCCACCCACAGAAGGGCUGGCAGACUCUGUCAGCGUCCCGCCGGCUUCCCUCUGUGACCUGCUCAGACAAUGGAGAGAGGGAUGGGCUGGGUGCUUGCUCUCAGUCUCACCUUGGAGCUAUUGGGAUGCUAAAGCCAUGUGAAGAAUAAAGUCAUCCAGAGUCUCAGAGGA